AGGGUGCGCCGAGAGAGAAAAUCGGUAACAUUCUCCUCUACUAUAUCCGAUACUCUCUCGUCGCCUACACGGGACUAUCGAUGCAGACCUUACGGAAGAAAAACAGUCCGUCCAAGCUCAAGUACGAACCAACCCAGUUUCUUGGGGAGGGUGUGUCGUUCAAGGCAAAGCUGAUUGGCAUAUUGGAAGUACCAGAAGCACGCGGGGACCGGAUGUGCCAAACAGCUCUGACGGAUCUGAAGAUAGCGAUUCGAGCCGCCGGUGAACAUAAACCACGAAUCUCCAUCCAGGUCAGCAUCGAUGGAUUACGCUUGCGGGACGAAAAGACUGGGGACACUCUGUUUCACCAUCCUGUAUAUAAGAUAUCGUUCAUCGCGAAGGAUAUGAACGAUUCGAGAGCCUUUGGAUAUAUUUUUGGGUCACCAGACACUGGACAUCGUUUCUUUGGCAUCAAAACAGACAAAGCGGCCAGCCAAGUGAUAAUCGCGAUGCGAGAGUUGUUUCAAAUAGUGUACGAUCAAAAACAGAAAGAAAUCGAAAUAACAAAGCUGCACUUGGAACAGAAUGCUGUAAACGUUUUUCAAUUUCCCACGAGCGGCAUUUUCGUCGAGCCUACCCCGGACACCAAAGGUGCAGCAGGAUCAGAAACCUCCCUUCGUCAAGUGAGAAAUGCGAUUGCCAAUUUAGACAAGUCCUCAGACAAACGAAACGAGGUGCAUAGCGGUGUAAUAGCGGACCUCUUAGAUUUACAAUUCGAAUUGAACUCUCUGCAACAAGGAAUUCGUCAUAUGGACAAAAUCACUCCUGAUAAUCCAGCACCUUCCGCUGAAGACCUCUUCGAAACUGAUCCAUUUGGUGAUUCAUUCGCGAACAUGAAGUUAGAAGAUACUGUGCGACCAAUUCUACCACCGCCGCCAUCAUCUUCCAAAAGAGGCCACCUAGAACGACAGCAAACGGUUCCAGGUCCCCAAUCGUCGAUCACGUCGAGUCCAGCGUCCACUCUAACAAGCAAAACACCGCCUGUUCAGAGUAACAUUCAGUGGUUCGACAAGGAAGCCGAAAAUCUCUUUAGCGACAGCGAGCUCAACAACUCGGCUAAGAACACGCCGGUUAAGAAAGAAGUAGAUGAGGCACAAGCUAAGAAUUCACAGAUAGACGUCUUCACAGAGCUAGAUCCAUUGGGAACUGGUUUGAUCAAGCCAUACGUGGACAAGAAGGACUUCUUCCAGCAUCUGAAGAACCCUCCUAAGAAGGUUCUGAAAGACUUAGUAUCCACCUGUUCGACGGAUACAGCUCCGGCGAACUUCAACAACCUCUCAGAGCCUCUAGAUUCAGCGAAGCUACGAAAUGAUUUGAAUCCAAAGGAUAAUCACUUUGACGACAACAACUUCGCAAAUUUCGAUCGAUUCGACGAGAACGAAGCGGUUCAAUCCAUCUUCACCAGCUCUGACUCGACCAAGAAAACAGAGAGCACAUCUAAACCGGCUCAUCUAAAUCAGCCACUCUCCGUGUCCCUGCCUCCUGAAGAUACUUCUAUUUCGAAGUCUGCAGUCUCGACUGUCCCCGCCUCUACAGUUCCUGUGGUUAAUAGGAUGGAUAAGGACUCCACAGAAUCCAUGCAUGGUUUGGUGAAGCUCCCCAGUCCCAUAAAAUCCACUCGUAAAAAGGAAUUCGAUAUUGACUUACCUAGUAGCAAACCACAGUCCGUAGACAAGUCAUUCCCAGUCGAUUUCUCUGCAGCCAAUGAGUCACCCGCAUCUCCAUUGAAAUCCUGUUCCUCAGACGCUAACUCCCGGUUGUCCAGUUCAUCUGCGGAGCUGGAACUCGUACCGGAACCUCCUCCGCGUGGAGUAGCCAAUAUUCUGAUCAAUCCUCCGCCUCUUCCACCCAAGAAACAGGGAGUCAGAGGAGCAAUAAAGCCUCCACCAAGGCCACCGCACACGGACAGCUACUUCCAUUACGACUUCCCUGAGAGAGAGCCUGUUGCCACAAAAGACACAAGUAAAAGUCCUUCGAAGGAGGUGAUGAACCAAUUCGACGACAAUUUCAGUCCACCUAUUCAAUUGUCUGGCAAGUCUGACCUGAUAGGUUCGAUGACCACGUCAACGUUCGAGGAUUCCUUCAGCUCUAUGGUGCCUACAACUAACUUGUCCACGUUCUUCACAUCCACCAACACGUCCACUGGGUCCAAGAAGACCAAACCUUCGUUAGACAUCACUCUAAGCCAGUUGACGUCUGCUAAUUUAGACGAGUUGGCUAAUAGCUUAGGAAUGACUGUCCAGGAGUUGACAAGUUUGACUCUUCAACAGUUGACAGAGUGCCUGGCUACUUUGUCAGCUAAAGAGGUUGCUGCUAGUAACACAGAGGAACAGGUUUUUGUAAGGCAGGAGCAAGUCAGUUCUGUGCAGUCGCAGUCCGUGUCCAGUGCAACGCAAUCAAAGCCAUUUAACGAGUCUCAGCCUUUUGCUACGACGAAUACUGAACAAGACACCAAGCAGGAUGCAACUUACGACAAGUACGCUGUGUUCAGGGAACUGUUAGAGUUGGAGCAGAUGGAGAAGAACGAAGAAUGUGCAAUGAAAGAAAGUGUCGAGGAAGAAACGCCUUCAAUGAAGGAAGAGUUUGAAAUGGUCAGCCAACAACAAGAGGAGGCUUCUGAAGAGAGUAGACCGGACAGUUUGGCUUGUCUGGCGAACCUGACAGUGAAGCUUCCGCCUAGCAACGAGGAUCUAACAAAGGAAGAACCAACAAGCAUGAAACCUGAAGAAAGCAUUGAACCGUCUUCGAAUUUGUCAUUUGAGAAGAGUCAAUCGGAGGAGCAAGAAGGUAAAACGGGACCAGUAACUGAAGCUGACACAACGACGGACUUACUGACGAAGCAGAAUACCGUAGAUCUCGAAGACGAGCCCGAGAGAACGAAAUCUAUAACAGAAAUGGAGGAAAAGGUAGAGGAAAUUGAACCUGUUGAAAAGCCUAUCGAGUCUAACCAAGACUCCGACAAACUUACCACAGAGGCUAUUACAGAGGAGUCGAAUGAUUCUGUAGCUACAGAGAAAGGAGAAGUGAAGUCCUCGGUAUCGACGUCCAGCGACAAAUACGCAGCUCUGCGUGAAAUUAUAGGGGAGCCAGAGCCAGCAGUGAAACAAGCCGACGAUGAAACGUCGAGUUCCACGCGAAUGUCUCCUGUGAUUCAGCCAACGGGCCACUCGAAGACUUCAACCGAAGUCGAAUUGCUAAACCUUUUCUCCGACACACCUUCCCCUUCUAGUCCCAAGAAGCAGGCUGAAAAAGAGGAUGAAAAGACAAUACGCAUGGACAUCUUCGAGGAGAUCGAGAUGUUAAGCAACAGUGGAAACUCUGACUCAAAGAAAACCAAGUCCUUGAUCCCUGAGGACAUAUUGUGUCCCUUCACAGAGCUGAAACAGGAGAGAGAAGACAGCAAAGACGAUGGAAAUUGGGCUAAGUUCGACACAGGUUUAUUCGUCCCAUAUAAAUUACCCUGUGAAGGUCUUCAUUCUACCAGUGGCACCUCACUAUGGUCCCCAGAUGGCAAGGAGUUCCAAAAGGACUGCUUCAAAGGAAGCGGAUAUCGACACUCUGGCGACAGCGAUAACGAGUGGAAGGACGAGGAGGAAAGCGAGGAGAGCAACGGGAGGACACGAGACGGUCGUUUUUGUUGCAGUCGUCAUCCUCGAUUCGACCUACCGUUUGGAGACAGGAGCUUCUAUGAGGAGACAAAUAGAGCGUCUGGUGCUAAAAGAGACAAAGCUUUUCGAGACAGAAUGUUGGAGAAGUCUCGAGAAAUGGCAUGGAUUAAGAUCAAUUUGGAUUCUGGCAACAGAUCGCGCGAUCCCUCGCCUUGGCACGACGAGAACCAGUGGGAAAAGGAAGUUAGGCGUUGUCUUCAUAGAAAAAUGUCAUACAAAGAUGAGGAAGAACAGUGCGAGGCUCAUUGGAAAUACAGGCACAAGUCUCCGCGCUGGAACUGGCAACACGAGCAUGGGCCAUUCUACGACGACGAGAGGAAGAGGAAGAUGAUGCUGUGGAAGGAGGACAGAUUCGGUAGCCAAGAGAACAUGGGUUACGAGGAUGAGGACAGGUGGUCCAGGGGCAAGUAUGUAAGGAGGCGAGGAGGACGUGAGGACGAAGCUGCAUACUGGAUCAGGAGAAUGAUAGCUGCUCCAGAGUCUGACUAUCCUAGCAGGGACAGUUACUAUUACUAUACAAAGGGUAGAGAACGGCCUCACGAUUAUCCCUCAACUUGGGACGAAGAGUACGGCUCUGAUCGACCAGAAGACGAGUCCCCUAGGUACAAUCUCUCGGUAGAGCGUAGAAAGCGUCACUGGCCAAAAAGGCCCAACAGCGCGAAUGAAGGACGCAACGCUGACACGGUGUACGCUGAGUCCCGUGGUAAAUUUGGCACGACCAGGUCAGAGUGCGGUGACAACGACUUUGACCCUUAUCCACGGUCCUCACAGCGCUCCAGGAGCCGCGAAAGCUACUGGAGCAGCGACCAGGAAUACGAUAGCUGGCCAUAUUGGUCCGAGGGGCCAGAUUCGAAAAGCGAGAACUUGCACCGAAAGAGAAUACCCAGGCACAAGCCACGGCAGCCUCAUGUGAAGACACAGAGCCCCUUUGAAGAUGAUUUUGCUCAGAGCGUGGAGAACGUAGAUCCGUCUAAUGUGGAGGCUAUAGCCACGGCGGAGCCACGGGUCAGAUCAGACGCGAACGAGCAGAAACCACUGCCGCAGAGCCCACCCUUCAGUAAGAGAUUCACGAAGGAUAUGAUGAGGAAGGAGAUGCAGAUGGAUUAUACUAUGAGGUCGAGUUACUUUAAAGACGACCUGACGCCCACAACUAGUGGAAUGAGCGAUACGUCAGAUAGGCAGAGGCUGUCAGCAGAAUUGAAGGCAACGCCUGAGGAGAUGCCCUGCGAGGCUAAAGAAGGUCAGCAGGCUGGCGAUGCUUUUACGUCUGAGGAUAAUGGUCGAGACUCGUUUUUUAACGGGGAUCUCAGAUAUGACGACGAUGCGUUCGUCUUCAAGUCUGAAUUGGAGGAUAACGUUUCUGACAGAGCGACGACUUUACCUCUGAGGAACUACGCUAGACAGGCUAAAUAUUCCGCUGGUAGUAAUAACAAUAACAGUAACAAGUCUAGGAGCGACCAGUACAUUAGGAAGUCCGAGUCGGUGAACAUAUUCGUCAGGGAGAACGACCCGUUCGACGACGACGAUUUUUUCAAUUGAUGCGUUGUUUGGAUGAUGUUUGACGGUGCUGGACAUUCUAAAGGUGUUUCGAACGUCGGUUUCACAAAGCUGAUCUCAGUGUCAGGGUGAUUCGACGGGGUACGUUUCUCUUCUCUCUGUCCAAUCAAC